AUGUCGGCAUUUGAGCGAUUAAUCCGUUUUGAGGAUAACGAGGGGAAGACGGUGUAUGGGAAUUUGGAAAAGGAAGUUCCAACUAGGGAGAUUGAGGGGAGUACUGUAGAGGUUCUAGAGGGGGAUGUCAAGAGUGGGUUCAAGAAGACAGGGAAGAAGGCUACCGUGGGGAAGUUACUAUGCCCUCUACCAACAACAAACAUCAUCCUCUGCGUAGGCCUCAACUACCGUCGCCACGCCGAAGAAUGCAACCUGCAAAUCCCCUCCAACCCAGCCAUCUUCACCAAACCUAGCGACGCCCUCGCCGGACCCCUGGAAGACAUCCCCAUUCACCCUUCCUGCCAAUCCCAACUCGACUACGAAGGCGAACUUACCCUGGUCAUCUCAAAGGACUGCAAAAACAUCUCUGCAAAGGACUACGCUUCCUACCUCCUCGGUUACACAAUCUCCAACGAUGUUUCUGCACGCAACUACCAGUUACCCGUUUCAGUCUCGGGGGGUCAAUUCGGCUACGCCAAAUCUUUCGACAAGUUCGCUCCAGUGGGACCAUGUAUCGUUUCUCCCUCUCUGAUUCCCGACCCGCAGAAAUUGAGGUAUUGGACCAAGGUUAAUGGGGAAAAGAGGCAGGAGACGGGUACUGAUGAUAUGAUUUUCAAGGUAGGCGAGGUGUUGGAGCAUUUGAGUCGGGGGACUACGUUGAGGGCUGGGACUGUUAUUUUGACGGGGACGCCGAGUGGGGUGGGGCUGUUUAUGGAACCGAAAGGGUUCUUGAAGGAUGGUGAUGAGGUGGAGGUAUAUGUCGAGGGGAUCGGGAGUAUUGUUAAUAAAAUGAGGUUUGAGUAG